AGAUAUCAGUGUCGAUGGCAUUCGUUCCCAGCUAUUCUUAGGAGCUUCUCAGGAGCUCCAUACAGCCUGCCCAGACAGCAAGGAACAGAGCAGAGGCCACCACUGUCAGCACCAGCAUGUCUUACAGCGUGACCCUGACCGGGCCUGGGCCCUGGGGCUUUCGUCUACAGGGGGGCAAGGACUUCAACAUGCCGCUUACUAUCUCCCGGAUCACACCGGGCAGCAAGGCGGCGCAGUCCCAGCUCAGCCAGGGUGAUCUUGUGGUAGCCAUUGACGGCGUCAACACGGACACCAUGACCCACCUAGAGGCCCAGAACAAGAUCAAGUCUGCCAGCUACAACCUGAGUCUCACACUGCAGAAGUCAAAGCGACCCGCACCCAUCUCUAUGGCGACACCCCUAAUCCAGUCCCCUCUGCCAGUGAUCCCCCACCAGAAGGACCCUGCUCUGGACACAAACGGCAGCCUGGUGGCACCCAGCCCCAACCCCGAGGCGAGGGCCAGCCCGGGCACCCCGGAGGUCAGGCAGACCUUUAGUUCCUCCUUCUCCCAGACCUCCAUCUUCUCCUCACACAUGGAGGCCUCUGACCCUGGCCCUCCACAGGGCAACCCCAGGGCCAAGACCAGCCUGAAGCGGGUCCCGGACUCACUCAGCUCAAAAGUGCCACUGGGCUCCAGCCAGCCAAGGCAGUAUAACAACCCCAUUGGCCUGUACUCAGCAGAGACCCUGAGAGAGAUGGCUCAGAUGUACCAGAUGAGCCUCCGAGGGAAGGCCUCAGGUGCUGGACUCCCAGGAGGAAGCCUUCCUGUUAAAGACCUUGCCGUAGACAGCGCCUCUCCUGUGUAUCAGGCUGUGAUUAAGAACCAGAACAAGCCAGAAGAUGAGGCUGAUGAGUGGGCCCGCCGCUCCUCCAACCUUCAGUCUCGCUCUUUCCGCAUCCUGGCCCAGAUGACAGGGACAGAAUACAUGCAAGACCCUGAUGAAGAAGCUUUGCGAAGGUCAAGCACCCCUAUUGAGCAUGUUCCAGUGUGCACCAGCCAGGCCACCACCUUGCUGCUGCCUGCUUCUGCCCAGCUGCCUGCUUCUGCCCAGCCGCCUGCUGCUGCCUCUCCCAGCACAGCCUCACCACCCCUGGCUGCAACCACUGCCCAUGCUACCACCGCCUCUGCCACGGCCCUUGCUUCAAGCCGUGCAGGAAGUCCAAGACCACAGGCCUCUGCUCACAGUACCACAAAGGCAACCUCUCCAGCACCUGCUGCACAUACAUACACUGAAGCCCCAGCUGCCCCUGCACCCAAGCCUCGGGUUGUCACCACUGCCAGCAUUCGGCCUUCUGUCUACCAACCAGUGCCUGCAUCUACCUACAGCCCAUCUCCGGGAGCCAAUUAUAGUCCAACUCCCUACACCCCCUCCCCUGCCCCUGCCUAUACCCCCUCCCCUGCCCCUGCCUAUACCCCCUCCCCUGUCCCAACCUACUCCCCCUCCCCUGCCCCCACCUACUCCCCUUCUCCAGCACCAGCCCAUACCCCAUCACCUGCCCCAAGCUAUAACCCUGCCUCAUCUGUGGCCUAUAGUGGGGGCCCUACUGAAUCUGCCAGCCACCCCCCUUGGAUGACAGAUGACAGCUUUUCUCAGAAGUUUGCCCCUGGCAAGAGCACCACCUCCUUCAGCAAGCAGACUCUGCCUGGAGGGACCCAUGCCUACAGCCAAGGUUCCCCAGUGUCCCCCCUUGCUAGGGGCACCUUCCAGAGGGCUGAGCGCUUCCCAGCCAGCAGCCGGACUCCGCUUUGUGGCCACUGCAACAAUGUCAUCCGGGGCCCCUUUCUGGUGGCUAUGGGGCGCUCCUGGCACCCAGAAGAGUUCAACUGUGCCUACUGCAAGUCCUCCCUGGCAGACGUGUGCUUUGUGGAGGAGCAGAGCAAUGUUUACUGUGAGCGGUGUUAUGAGCAGUUCUUUGCCCCAACCUGUGCCAAGUGUAACACCAAAAUUAUGGGGGAAGUGAUGCAUGCCCUGAAACAGACAUGGCAUACUACUUGCUUCAUCUGUGCAGCCUGUAAGAAGCCCUUUGGGAACAGUCUCUUCCACAUGGAAGAUGGGGAGCCCUACUGUGAGAAAGACUAUGUCAAUUUGUUCAGCACCAAGUGUCAUGGCUGUGAUUUCCCUGUGGAGGCUGGUGACAAGUUUAUUGAAGCUCUGGGGCAUACCUGGCAUGACACCUGCUUCAUUUGUGCGGUCUGCCAUGUGAAUCUGGAAGGACAGCCAUUCUACUCCAAGAAGGACAAACCCCUGUGCAAGAAGCAUGCGCAUGCCAUCAACGUGUAGGGAGGGUGGGGCACCUGAUGUGGACAGGCAGGAGCUGCUCCUGCCUCUGGCAACAAAGGAUUCAAGAAGGCUGAUGUUUCUUUUUGCAGGAAAGAGGGAAGACAGGAAGCAACUGAGCUUUUUUGAAGUGUAAUUUCAGUCCUUUCUUCUGUACACAGAUUGUGUAUUUGCAUAGUUCAGACUAGAAGCCAAAUGAAGAUUCCUAAACCAAGCUAGUAAUUAAUCCAAGACUGGAAUUGUACUUCAGACAUUUAGGACAGAAUUCCAAGAACUCAAAAGUGAAAAACAAAAAGUAACUUUCCGAAAGUGAUACACUUCCUGAGGUCAGCAGAGCAGGGACAGAGCUCAGGGCAGUUAGGGAGAAUCUGAAGCAUUCUGUGAAGUUCUUUAGAGCUGUUCUGGCAAACAAAAUAAAGUGCCAAACAGUCCAGGCUGCAGGGUAUUUUUAGAGCCAGAGCUGAGAGAUUGUUAGCUCAGAUCGAUGGGGCCUUCCUCACCAAAAAAGGAAGUGUUAUUCUAUUACUAGUGUUCUGGAGCUACCUCUGAGCAUCAGACAUCAGACCUUGAACAGAGUUGAACAUUCUAAAGGGAGCCCACACAUGCAGAGUGAUGUCUUCUGGGAGCCAAUGGACAACUGACCCAGCUUCUGGGGGGCCUCUGGCUCACACUGGUGACAACUCCCCUCUUUCAUACUGAAAUACCCAAUGUCCCAGAAGGCUUAGCUCCUAUUUGAAUUGCCACGGAAAUGUAAAAUUGGGCUUUUCCAGUUUUGCUUUGCUGUGUGUGAGAGAUUUUAAAAUGACUCUGACUUUUGUUUGGCCUUUGUUUUGCUUUAUGAGCAUGGAUGCCCAGUGAUGUAUUUUACUCCCAGUCCUCUGCUCACUAUGAAGUCUUCCUCAGCACCCCUUGCCCAACAGGCUUAGUGACCUGUGGAAAAGAAGAGACAGUGUCUGACACAGGAUGCCAAAAUAGUCUGAGAACAUGCCCAAACUCUGGGUGAGAAAGAGGAACCUUACAUUCAGCCAACCUCAGUCAAAAUGCAUGAGUUGGCAGGACCUCCCACCUUAGAUCAGCACCAGUCUUCUCGUAUGUUCCUUUAAAUACAGCACACUGGUCAUGUACCAUUGUGUUGACUGCUGGAGGGAAAAGAUGGACUGAUACAUACUUGUUUGCCAUUUUGACCAAUAUUUUGAAAAUGUAUGAGCUGGGUUGAUGUAGCCAUUAUUUAAGUAUGUACUGAAAUAGACUUGGGUCUUCUAACUUUAAAAUAUUAGUGAUAGUAUGCGUUAAGUAAGCAUUUUGAAGGUGUUUGGGGGAUAAAGAGAGAAGCUUUUGUUUCUGAGGCUGGAAAUGAUAUAUAGUCUCUUUCCCUUUUAGGAAACACUGUUAUUUUGCUCACUGAACAUGGCAUUGAAGUAAGCAGUUUGAGUGGAUGUUUCUCACUUGAGCAUAAUACUUAGAUACUAUUCCCACUCACUGCUACUCUCUUCUCACUCCUGUUUUGGAUGUUCUCUUUGAGCAUUUGAAAUCUUUUAUGAGAAUGUAUUAGAACACUUUUUCUUCUGAGAACUGAGCUUCCAGGGGACUGCCAUUCUACCUGAAUCUGUCCCUUUUCCCCAAUGGAGAGAGAAGCAGCUAGAUGUGUCCCUAGCAGGAAGCCUGUGUUUCUUUCCAAGGGUAAACCCACCAGAUGGCCCAGGGAGCACCAGCAGGGACAUAAAUGUGCUCCUUUCACAGGCCCUUAUUUAACUUGGUGCUGUGAGAAAGUGAAUAUAAAGCACCAGGCAGGGUAAAAUCUGUGGGAAGUGCCUGGAGAUUUUUCAGGAGUUGCACACAAGUACCUUGGAGCAUUCUGUUAUUUUUGGAAAGUUCAAAUACACAGGGACAAGAAGGUUGCUGACUAUACAGAAAGGCUCUAAGCAGGUUUUCUCUAAAAAAAAAAAGCCAAAAAACCAAAACUAUUAAAUUAUCAGGGACUGGUCAUGAGGAAAGGACAAAAGUUCCCUAAAGUUUCCAAAAAUAUCAUUUAAAAAGGGUUUCUACUCUCUCUCUCUCUCUCUCUCUCUCUCUCUCUCUCUCUCUCUCUCUGUGAGCAUUAAAAAAUAUGUGAUUAUUAAAAAGAAAAGUGAAAUAUCUCACAGUAGAACUUUAUAAUCAUUUAUUGAAUCAGUUUUUCUACACGUCAGAGCUAGUGUAGAUUCUGAAGGAUUCUAUUAUUUACCAAAACACAAAACAAAAAACAUUUUUUUAAAAGGUAGCAGGGAAAAGAGGUAGUUCUGAAUAUGUUCUCUCCAUGUUUGUAAGUUUGAUAUAGCAUCAGGGUUAAGGACGUAUCUAGUUCAAGUUAAAAUCAUGGAUAGCCUACACCAUCAAACACAAUUUUGAGUAGUUCAUGGUGGGGAGUGUACUUCGGAUCUAUAGUUCUUGUCUCCUUAUUGUUACAUUUAUUUAACCUCUAAAAACAUUAACUUUUUGCACCUGUGUGACUUGUAGUGUUUGUGUUAGGAAUCUAGCUUUUAUAAUGUUAAUUUUUCAACCCAUGUACUUUUCCUUUGGGAUUUUUUUUUUUAAAUUUUAAGAUUUCAGAAGUGAAAUAUAGUGUGUUAGAGGUGUGCAAAAAUAUUUUGCAUGUUUUUCUUUUUUUGCCCAUGUGAAUUUUACUUUUUAGCAAAAUAAAACCCGAAAAAGACUGCAAU